AUGUCCAAGGAAGAUAUAGGUAUUGUUGAGAUUAGACCCCUGGAAGAGAAGCCAAGAAUCUCGGACAGAGAUAGCUCUUUCAAUGGAGAUACUAUUGAAGGCGAAUUGAACACUUUAUUUGACAGUUCACUCGAGAGGAAGAUAUGCUGGAAACUCGACUUGAGAAUUCUUCCCAUGAUUGCGGUGAUGUAUCUCUUCAAUGCACUUGACAAGGGAAACAUUUCUAAUGCCAAAACAGAUCACCUUGACAAGGAUCUGGGAAUAGAAGGCCAGGACUGGAAUAACAUGUUGUCCAUUUUUUACAUUCCUUUUGUUAUUUUCGCCAUUCCGCUUUCCCUAGUCAUCAAGAAAUACAACGCGGCUAAUGUGAUUCCAAUCUUGAUGUUCACUUUUGGCUCUAUUUCGCUGUUGGCUGCUACUGCGUUCAACUACGGCUCACUCAUGGCAGCUAGGUGGUUCCUAGGUAUUUGUGAAUCUGCAUUUUUCCCUGGUAUUAUCUACUAUCUGAGUACUUUUUACCGUCGUCAUGAGCUUGCUAGAAGAUUGUCGAUUUUUUACGCCGCUGCAAAUAUUGCCAAUGCGUUUUCAGGACUGCUGUCAUUUGGUAUCUUUCAAAUAAAGCACAGCAAAUUGAAGGGUUGGCAGAUUCUCUUCUUAGUUGAAGGUUCCGCAACUGUUUUUUUUGCUGUUAUUGCGUACUUCUACUUACCAAGAACGCCGGAAAAGUGUCGCUUUUUGACAGAGGAGGAGAAAGAAUGCGCAAAAUGGAGAAUCGAAACCGACUCUUCUGCCAAGUCCGACGUAGGCGUUUCAUUCAGAGAUGCUGUCAAGGUUUUCAAACACCCCAUUGCUGUUGCUUGGAUGUUCCAAGAAAUACUAAUUGGUGUUCCACUGAAUUCGAUUAAUAACUGGUUUCCUCAAAUUGUUCAAUCGAUGGGGAAAGGAACUGUCCAGACCAAUCUUUACACCAUUGCCCCAAAUAUCUGGGGUGCCAUUGCACUUUUGAUUUUAUCGUUUUCCUCUGAUUAUACGCGGAUUAGAUCCGUUUUCAUCAUGAUUGGGGUUGCCGUAACUUUGAUAGGUUUUGUUGUUUUUGGGUGCAUUGAUACCAAAGCACAUGUCGGCGCUGCUUAUUUCAGCUGCUUUCUAAUGACGACAGGCUCUUCUGUCUCUUCGGUGCUGACUUCGACUUGGUACAAUAACAAUACUCCAAAUGAAAACCGCCGUGUUGUGAUUUCUGCCAUCGGAGUUCCUUUGGCCAACGCAGCUGGCCUGAUCUCUACUAAUAUUUUCAGGGCAAAAGAUGCUCCCAAGUAUCUUCCUGCCUUAGGUAUUACUGCUGGCUUUGGUGGAGCGGCUAUACUCUUAAUUAUCGGUAUUGUCAGCUUCAUGGUAUUUGACAACAGGCGCAGAAAUAGGUUGCAAGGUGUCAAUUUAACUUACAAGGAUAUUCCUACUUCAGAAUUAGCUGACGGCCCAGAUAAUCCAAACUACAGGUGGAUGUACUGA